UAACAGUUUUAACAGAAGCUCAAAAAGGUCUUUAACGGUAUCUUUAAUUGAAUUUUGAGUAAAAUGAGUGUUAAAGUGGCUGUAGUAACAGGAGCUAAUAAAGGAAUAGGUUUUGGGAUAGUCCGCGGUCUCUGCAAACGUUUCGACGGAGUUGUUUAUUUAACAUCACGAAAUGAAAAACGCGGCAAAGAUGCAGUUGCCGCCCUUGAAAAUGAAGGACUGCGACCGAAAUAUCACCAACUGGACAUCACAAGUACUCAAAGCUUACAAGUAUUUCACGACUAUAUCAAGGAGAAGUAUGGUUACAUUGAUGUUUUAGUGAAUAACGCUGGAAUCAUGUUUAAAAGUAACGCCCCAGAGCCGGAAGGAGUUCAGGCGGAGGAAACUUUGCGGGUUAAUUAUUUCUCUGUUCUUUCCACAUGUGAAAUUCUGUUUCCGCUACUUCGAAAUGGCGCAAGAGUGGUAAAUAUUUCUAGUUCGUUAGGUCAUUUAAGCUAUAUACCUAGCGAGAAACUGAGACAGAAAUUUCAAGACCCCAAGUUGACUAUACCGGAGCUCUCAGACCUAAUGCGUCAGUAUGUAGAAGCGGCUAAACAAGGCACUCAAGCAGCGGAAUGGGGAGACUCAGCAUAUAAUGUCUCUAAAGUUGGAUUAACAGCUUUGACAAUGAUACAACAGAGACUGCUCAAUGACAGAGAUAUCAAAGUUAACGCGGUACACCCUGGUUAUGUGGACACUGAUUUGUCAUCUCAUCAGGGUCCCUUAUCAAUAGACCAGGGUGCUGAGGCCCCACUGUACUUAGCGUUGGAUGCUCCCGACUCUGUCAAAGGGCAGUAUGUCUGGUAUGACAAGAGGAUCGUCAGCUGGUCAGGACCACAACCAGAAGAGAUUUAUUAAACUAUAUGUGUAUGUGUAUUUAUUUACUUUUUCGUAAAUGUGUAAUCUACACAAAAACAGUUUUACAUAAAAUAAAACUUAAAAUAUUAA